AUGAUUAUUUACAUUUAUCUUUGUAUUAUUCUUUUACCAAAAUAUAUUGAAAGUUACACAACAACAAUAAUUAACUUUGAAUAUUAUUCACCAUAUUCAAAUUAUAUAAAUAAAACAGAAGAAAGUCGAACAAAUGGUAUUGUAUCAACGAAAGGUAGUCAAUUGAAAGUUCUUAAUGGUCAAGCAUUUAUACUUCUUGAUGGAAACGGAAAUUAUGAUGGUUGUCAACAACCAAUUAAAUCUUUGAAUUAUUCAAAUGGUAUUGCUAUUAUUCAACGAGGUGGAAAUUGUACAUUUAGUGUUAAAAUAACACGUGCCAAACAAUAUGGAGCUACAGCUGUUAUUAUAUAUGAUCCACAAAAUUCAGGUUUUGAUAUGUACAAUAUGGUACACAAUAAUUCAGAUAUAUUAUCUGUUUAUGUUCAAAAAUCAAUUGGUUCUUUAUUAUUUAAUAUAGCAAGAGAUAAUCGUACACAAUUAAAUAUAUCAUUGCAACCGUUAGACAUGGAUUAUGAUGAUUUUAAUCAUGAAAAUAUCUGGUUUGGAUCACAAUCGGCAACAAUAUUUAUAGCUGUAUCAAUUUGUAUACUUAUAUCAUUAUGUAUAUCAUGGCUUAUAUUUUAUUAUUGUCAACAACGUCGUGCGCGUACCACAAAAGAUCGUUUACAAAAUCGUUUAUCAAAUGCUGCUAAAAAAGCUUUGACUAAAAUUCCAUUAAUUCAUGUUACUGAAAAUCCUUCAACAGAAGAAUCAUGUGUUAUAUGUUUAGAUUCAAUUAAAACUGGUGAUACAGUUAGACAAUUAGUUUGUGGUCAUACAUUUCAUCAUCAUUGUGUUGAUCCUUGGUUACUUAAUCAUCGACAUUGUCCAUUAUGUAAUCUCGAUAUACUUGCUGCAUAUCGUAUAUCAUUGCCAUCAACAAUAAGUCGUCGUCGUCAAUCCAAUGUAAAUAAUAUUAAUAAUAAUAAUAAUUCAAUGAUAUCAUUAGCAACAUCAUCAGCAUCUCCUGUAACUGAACAACAAACGAAUACUAAUUUACCAACAAUAUCAGCAACUAUAAAAGAUGGAUUAUAUGAUGUUCGUAUUCAUGGUGAACAAAAUCCAUCAUUUCGAUCAGAUGAAAAUUUUUCAUAA